AGUGUGAUCAUGUGACGGGCUCGCGAGCGCAAGAAGAGCUGGUCGGUAACGGAGGACCGAAUGCCAAUCUCAUUGAGAAAGCGCCUUUAUUGCGAGUGAGAGACGGGAGGAACAGACGUUUCUAGUGCUGCACACAUACACAGACAGACAAGACACAGGAAGCUUUGGGGAACUCGGGGAAAGGGUGCAUUUUCACCGCCUCAAGAGGAAGUUAAGGACAAAUCUCUCGCUAAAUUUAAUCUUAAAGAGGGACACUGGGCACGCGGGAGUCGCCUUUGCGAGUAACUUGUGGGAUUUAUUGGGAAUUGUUUUUGAAAGGAGACCUGGCUUCCCUCUCCACCCGUUUAUAUUUCAUUUAAUUUCAUUUCAUCAGCUGCCCUAAAACAACUGUCAUCCCCAGAAUUGCAGUAGCCUUGCAGCAGCGGAUUGUGCGUAAAGACAGAGACAGCAGCCUUUUCCGCGGACGACUCAGGCACUUGCCUCCUUCACUUGCGUUUUUGUACUCUAUUUAUUAUUUAUAUUCCAGCCUUUAUUUAUUUGGGGAUUUUUUCUGUCUUUUUUGGGGCGUCGGUGGUGAUUUCUGUGGAAUAUGGUGGGGGAAAUGGAAACGAAAGAGAAGCCGAAGCCGACCCCUGAUUAUCUGAUGCAGCUUAUGAACGAUAAGAAACUGAUGAGCAGUCUGCCCAACUUCUGCGGGAUCUUCAACCACCUCGAACGGCUUCUCGACGAAGAGAUCAGCAGGGUACGAAAGGACAUGUACAAUGACACAUUAAACGGCAGCACGGAGAAGAGAAGCUCAGAGCUCCCGGACGCCGUCGGCCCCAUCGUUCAGCUCCAAGAGAAACUCUAUGUGCCUGUCAAAGAAUAUCCUGACUUUAAUUUUGUGGGCCGGAUCUUGGGCCCGCGGGGGCUCACAGCCAAGCAGCUGGAGGCAGAGACAGGAUGUAAGAUCAUGGUGAGAGGGAAAGGCUCCAUGAGGGACAAGAAGAAGGAGGAACAAAACCGAGGCAAACCCAACUGGGAGCAUCUGAAUGAGGACCUCCAUGUGCUCAUCACGGUGGAGGACGCCCAGAACCGGGCUGAGAUCAAGCUCAAGCGUGCAGUGGAGGAGGUUAACAAGCUACUCGUGCCUGCGGCUGAAGGGGAGGACAGUCUGAAGAAGAUGCAACUGAUGGAACUGGCCAUUCUUAACGGCACCUACAGAGAUGCCAAUAUCAAAUCACCUGCCCUUGCAUUCUCUCUUGCAGCGAGCGCCCAGGCACCACGGAUCAUCACCGGCCCAGCACCUGUCCUGCCGCCCACAGCCUUGCGCACGCCCACGCCCGCCGGGCCCACCAUCAUGCCCCUCAUCCGCCAGAUCCAGACCGUCAUGCCCAACGGCUCGACCCACCCGGCAGCCGCCACCCUAGUGCAGCCCGGUCCGGAAUCAGGCCUGAUUUACGCGACGCCCUACGAGUACCCCUACACGCUGGCACCCGCCACCUCCAUUCUGGAGUAUCCCAUCGACUCCAGCGGCGUGUUAGAAGGCCUUUAUCAACCCACUGGAGCUGUUUGGAGUACGUUUAUGAUGGAUGGAUGCGCUCUUUUGGGGUUCAAAAUCUAAGCGUCCUCAAAGGCCGAAGAGCUGCCCCUCUACCUGGGCUUUCAGACCUGUCACAUUCCCAUCACAGUCCAGCGCGGAGAGCCAACCGGUCGGCCUCCCUUUUAAAGUGCCCCCUCUUUCCCCCGCCCCCUCUGACAAGCCCCUCCCUCACACCGCAGACACACACCCUGCCCCACCUCCCUCUUAUCGGACUGGCUGGACUCCCCGGCCUCUUUCAUUCUGUCUGUCUGUCAUGUUUUUUUGUUUUUUUUUUUUGGGUUUUGUACUUUUGUUUUUUAUGUGUAAUGUGAUGUUUUAGUUUUUUGUGUGUACAAUGAUGAGGGAGACAAAGCACUGAGCCCCAAACUGCUGCACAAGCCUUUCUGGAUGACCCCCAUCCCUCAGUCUGAGCGGGCCACAUCAGGGUGAGGGGCAUCAGGAGGGGCAACAUGAGGAUGGUGAGGGGUCAGUGGGGGUCAGAUGAGGGCUGCUUAAAUUGUGAGGGGAAAAGGGGCAUCUGUUGGAAGCCAGGCUGUUUACUGGGCAGUUUUAAGACAGUUUAAUUCACUAUGGUGGAGCAUUUUGGCUUAAAAUAUAAAGUGACAUUCACAAUAUAAAUCACACAUCAAGGACAUGUUCAGCUUAUAAACCUUUCUACUCUGUUAAGUCUGUUAAUAACCACAAAAUUGAAAGAAAAUAUAAGAAAUAUGUUUGGCGUCAAGGGAAAUUGAGAUUUUUUUUUUGCAUUAUAACAUUAUUUUUGUGACAACCAAGCACAUUUUCCUAAUGUUUCCUCAUCACUGUGAGGCCUGUUUCAAACCACAAGCGUAAUACACCAUUUCAGCUGUAUUUAUAAAGUAUUUAUAUGUCAUUGUAGAAUUUGUUGCACUGCAGUAUUACAAUAACUUUUGUCUUUUGAGAAUCAAAAUUAUGAGGAUUAUAAAAAAAAAAAUCUAAAGCAUGUAAUGACAGUAUGGGGAAAUGUGCUUAUUUGUCUUUUGUCACAAUGCAAAAUAUCUUAACUUUUAUGCAAAAUAUAAUGUCAGAUUUUUCUUUUGAUUUUUGGUUGAAAUACGAUGCAGACAUACACUACUGUUCAAACUGGUUUUAAAAAGAAAUUACUAUUGUAAAAUAUUAAUAAUAGUAACUAAAUAAUAUAAUAAUAUUAUUAAAUAAUUGAAUACUUUUAUGCUGCAAGAAUGCAUUAAAUUGGAUCAAAAGUGACAGUAAAUAAUUUGUAACAUAAGAUUUAUUUUUCAAAUAAAUGCUGUAUUCAUCAAAGAAUCCUGUGGAAAAAAAUAUGUAUCGCAGUUUCCACACACAUACAAAAAAAAAAUGUUUUCAACAUUGAUAAUAAUCAGAAAUGUUUCUUGAGCAGCAAAUCAUCAUAUUAGAAUGAUUUCUGAAGGAUCAUGUGACACUGAAGACUGCAGUAAUGAUGCUGAAAAUUCAGCUUUGAUCACAGGAAUAAAUUACAUUUUAAAAUACAUUCAAAUCGAAAACAGUUGAUUUAAGUUGCAAUAAUAUUUCGCAAUAUUGCUGUUUUUAUGGCAUAUUUGAUCAAAUAAAUGCAGCCUUGGUGACCGUAAGAGUCUUUUUUCAAAACAUUAAAAAAAAUCUUACUGACCCCAAACUUUUGAACAGUAGUGUAUGACUUCGUUUUACUGAGAUUGACCCUCACAGCGCCAUCGUCUCAUGAACUGUCCUAGAACGUGCUCCGUCUGACUGCGCUGUGUGUUGCUUCCCCGAGGACCGUCGGUCCCGCCACUAAUUUCCCGUUCCCUUCCUUUAUUCUUUAGGUGUGGCUUUCCCCACGAAAGGCUAAAUGCGUUUCCCAGGAUCCUCACUGAGCCCCUCAUCCCAUCUGAGUGUUAACAUUCACACGCUUUCGUUUCACAGCUGCCUUGUUGGUUUUGAGUGAUGUUUGUUCUCAAGCAUGAAUCUGGCCUAGCAGUCAGUCAGACACAUUCCUGUUCGUUUACACUGGCGAUUCGCAGAGCCCUCAGAGACUGUACUUGUGAUGCCAUACAUAUGCCUCCAUACUCACACACGUCUCCCCUGGACUGUGCCGCUGACUGCUAUGCUUUGGUGUGGAAUGGAAAGAAAAAAAAAAAGAAAAAAAUCGAUUGUUCUGCUUUACUAAUCACUUAAUUCAUUGCCGUACAUUUCUAUUCUCCUAUUUCUUUUAUACUCCAGCAGAUGUGCCUAAAUGUUGUUCUCUCUGUGCCUUAUCUCAGAGAGUGACUUUAUCAGUAUUAUAUUUAAAAACACUGUCGCUCCAGCGCAAGAUUACGUGACUAGUAAAGCUCCCCGUCGAGAGUAAUGUCCAUCAUACUGUGUCCAAACUGAUGAUAAAUGAAACCAUGUUUGAAUUUUGUACAAACACAUGUUGAGAGAUUUACAUAUGGGGAAAAAAGUAUUAUUUGUGCCUUAACUUGUAUAAUUUAAAUGAUUUGCUUUUGUCAACACACAUUUUACGAAACCUGAUGGAGACUGUGAGGUUUGACUGAUCUGAUGUUGAUGUGUUUUCUGGUGAUGUUAUUGCAAUCCAAGCAGGUGCGGUGACAACUAAAGUUCGAAGGCACGAAAUGCGCGUCCAUCCUUACCAAAGGGUAGUGACAGAAAAAUGCCAUUAUGAAAACCUUAAAGCUGAAGUGUGUCAUUUUGUUGAUGUUAAAAUAUAUGCGGUCACAAUUAUUAGUAAGCCAUUCAUAGAUUAAAUCCCCUGAGAAGUGUAAAGACUGUGACAGAGCCAAAGACUCCUUCAACUCCUUCAAAACAUUGAUCUUUUCUUUGAACGUCCCGACUAGCCCAACGCAGCAACAUUGACUUUACCGAUGACAUAGUCUUAAGGAGGAGGAGAAACCUGUUUGAAAACAGACAUUAUUUUAUGUAAUUCUGAUGUUAGCAGUGCAAAAAUUACACACUUCCGCUUUAAAGAAAGGAAAAGAUGGCCUUUAUCUGUUUCACUAUGUCUGAAUCAACAAGUGUAAUAAAUAAUUUUUAUAUAUAUAUAUAUAUAUAUAUGAUAUGGGCACAACCUGUUUAAUUUGACCUUUUAUUAUCUAUCAGUUAAUUGGUUAAGAUCUAUUUAAGUACUAAUGUAAUAAUCAAAUCUCUGCUGAUAGUGAGAUUUGAUUGACGGUUAUCAAAAAUUUGAUCCAGUGUUGCCAACUAUUUUCAAUGCAAAGUAGCUAAAGCUUGCUCAAAAUGUCGCUAGAUGAUGUAGUGUGCCAAUUGUCAGCACUUUACGUCUCUUUUCUCUUCUAAUCCAUGCUCACAGACUGGAUUUUAAUACAAAAUAUAGCCGAAUGUCCAAUAAAGCUCUUAUCAUUGACAAAUUUUCUGUCAGACAAUGGAAAGAGUAUGAUAUAGUGUUAACCAGCUGAAAACCAGCUCCAAAAAGUCGCAAGAUUUGUCGCUAGUUGCUUUUUUGAAUCAUUAAACUUUUAAUUAUUAAAUUAUUAAUUAUUAAACUUGUACUGUAUAGCUCCAAAAGUCUGAGACCCCCAAUAAAAUACACAAUUUAUGUAUUCAGAGUAACAUUUUGAGUUUAAUGUUGACAAUUUAACAUUAAUUUAAAGGAUUAGUUCACUUCAGAAUUCAAAUUUCCUGAUAAUUUACUCACCCCCAUGUCAUCCAAGACAUUUAUGUCCCAGGAUCCUCACUGAGCCCCUCAUCCCAUCUGAGUGUUAACAUUCACACGCUUUCGUUUCACAGCUGCCUUGUUGGUUUUGAGUGAUGUUUGUUCUCAAGCAUGAAUCUGGCCUAGCAGUCAGUCAGACACAUUCCUGUUCGUUUACACUGGCGAUUCGCAGAGCCCUCAGAGACUGUACUUGUGAUGCCAUACAUAUGCCUCCAUACUCACACACGUCUCCCCUGGACUGUGCCGCUGACUGCUAUGCUUUGGUGUGGAAUGGAAAGAAAAAAAAAAAGAAAAAAAUCGAUUGUUCUGCUUUACUAAUCACUUAAUUCAUUGCCGUACAUUUCUAUUCUCCUAUUUCUUUUAUACUCCAGCAGAUGUGCCUAAAUGUUGUUCUCUCUGUGCCUUAUCUCAGAGAGUGACUUUAUCAGUAUUAUAUUUAAAAACACUGUCGCUCCAGCGCAAGAUUACGUGACUAGUAAAGCUCCCCGUCGAGAGUAAUGUCCAUCAUACUGUGUCCAAACUGAUGAUAAAUGAAACCAUGUUUGAAUUUUGUACAAACACAUGUUGAGAGAUUUACAUAUGGGGAAAAAAGUAUUAUUUGUGCCUUAACUUGUAUAAUUUAAAUGAUUUGCUUUUGUCAACACACAUUUUACGAAACCUGAUGGAGACUGUGAGGUUUGACUGAUCUGAUGUUGAUGUGUUUUCUGGUGAUGUUAUUGCAAUCCAAGCAGGUGCGGUGACAACUAAAGUUCGAAGGCACGAAAUGCGCGUCCAUCCUUACCAAAGGGUAGUGACCGCAGACAGAGGUUAGUUUAGUUCAUGUGCUUCCAUUCAUUACCAGUAGCAAUUCACUGUUGGUCCUGAUCUGUUGUGAAACAUGUGCAGUUUGAGCAUGUUAAAAGACAUGCCAUCCACAGCUUGAAUUCAGCACAUUAUGUGUGUUUUUAAUAAGGUGUGUUUGUUCUGAACCCACACACACACACACACAUAUAUACGUGGUCUUUCCUGCGCAGGUGGAGUGGUUGACUUCAUUCCAUUAUUUUGAUGACCUUAUGAUUUCAGCAUGAUGUUGAUGACAAAUAAUGGAUCUUUUCAUGUGAACAUGGGCUUUAUUCACCCCAUUACACUCUAGUUCUCUCUAGUUAUGCAAACAGUAAAUCGGCUCGACUUUUGAAACAUUUGGAAGCCAUUUGAAUAGAUGGAGAUCUCAUCAUGAAUUUGUCCUUUCCAAAUGAGCUAAAGCGAUUGUUUAUAAUUACAUGUAAUGCGGCUGUACAAACAGAAAUUGCAGCGAUAGCAAUAAUGCGUGUUAAAAUCCGUGUUCACUAUCAAUAGGUUAUAGGCUUUUCAAAACAAACAGAAAAAUGCCAUUAUGAAAACCUUAAAGCUGAAGUGUGUCAUUUUGUUGAUGUUAAAAUAUAUGCGGUCACAAUUAUUAGUAAGCCAUUCAUAGAUUAAAUCCCCUGAGAAGUGUAAAGACUGUGACAGAGCCAAAGACUCCUUCAACUCCUUCAAAACAUUGAUCUUUUCUUUGAACGUCCCGACUAGCCCAACGCAGCAACAUUGACUUUACCGAUGACAUAGUCUUAAGGAGGAGGAGAAACCUGUUUGAAAACAGACAUUAUUUUAUGUAAUUCUGAUGUUAGCAGUGCAAAAAUUACACACUUCCGCUUUAAAGAAAGGAAAAGAUGGCCUUUAUCUGUUUCACUAUGUCUGAAUCAACAAGUGUAAUAAAUAAUUUUUAUAUAUAUAUAUAUAUAUAUAUGAUAUGGGCACAACCUGUUUAAUUUGACCUUUUAUUAUCUAUCAGUUAAUUGGUUAAGAUCUAUUUAAGUACUAAUGUAAUAAUCAAAUCUCUGCUGAUAGUGAGAUUUGAUUGACGGUUAUCAAAAAUUUGAUCCAGUGUUGCCAACUAUUUUCAAUGCAAAGUAGCUAAAGCUUGCUCAAAAUGUCGCUAGAUGAUGUAGUGUGCCAAUUGUCAGCACUUUACGUCUCUUUUCUCUUCUAAUCCAUGCUCACAGACUGGAUUUUAAUACAAAAUAUAGCCGAAUGUCCAAUAAAGCUCUUAUCAUUGACAAAUUUUCUGUCAGACAAUGGAAAGAGUAUGAUAUAGUGUUAACCAGCUGAAAACCAGCUCCAAAAAGUCGCAAGAUUUGUCGCUAGUUGCUUUUUUGAAUCAUUAAACUUUUAAUUAUUAAAUUAUUAAUUAUUAAACUUGUACUGUAUAGCUCCAAAAGUCUGAGACCCCCAAUAAAAUACACAAUUUAUGUAUUCAGAGUAACAUUUUGAGUUUAAUGUUGACAAUUUAACAUUAAUUUAAAGGAUUAGUUCACUUCAGAAUUCAAAUUUCCUGAUAAUUUACUCACCCCCAUGUCAUCCAAGACAUUUAUGUCUUUCUUCAGUCGAAAAGAAAUGAAGGUUUUUGAGGAAAACAUUCCAGGAUUUUUCUCCAUAUAGUGGACUUCACUGGGGUUCAACGGGUUGAAGGUACAAAUUGCAGUUUUAGUGCAGCUUCAAAGGGCUCUACACGAUCCCAGACGAGGAAUAAGGAUCUUAUCUAGCGAAACGAUCGGCCAUUUUCUUUUAAAAAAAUUAAAAUUUAUAUACUUUUUAACCACAAAUGUUUCGCUAGAUAAGACUCUUAUUCCUUGUCUGGGAUCAUGUAGAGUCCUUUGAAGCUGCACUGAAACUGACAUUUGGACCUUCAACCCGUUGAACCCCAGUGAAGUCCACUAUAUGGAGAAAAAUCCUGGAAUGUUUUCCUCAAAAACCUUCAUUUCUUUUCGACUGAAGAAAGAAAGACAUGAACAUCUUGGAUGACAUGGGGGUGAGUAAAUUAUCAGGAAAUUAUAAUGCUGAAGUGAACUAAUUCUUUAAUACUGUCAUAAUAUUUGGUUUGUGAGAAGUGAGAAAGAAGAGAAGAACAUCUCAAGCUUCGGUGCUUCAUAAUGUUUUUUCAUUUUAAAUUCUCAAAAUCCUAAAUCUUUGUUUAUAAAAUAGUUUUGGUUUUGAUUUGGACCCCACCACAUGUUUAAAAUGAUUACAUUAAUCAUAAAAGAUUACAUUAGUCCAUACAUUAAGAUGGAUAAUGAUUUGACAAAGCUUCCAUGAUGCAAUAAUCAUCUAAGUGCUAUGAAACAAUUACAAAAUCAUGUAUUUCCACAAACUGUAAACUCUGAUAUUUCCCUGUUCACAUGCAUCUAAUUUUGUAUAAAUUCAGUAGGCGCAGGUUAGACUGUGUGUGUGUGUGUGUGUGUGUGUGUGUGUGUGUGUGUGUGUGUGUGAGUGAGUGUGUGUGGGUGUACAUACAUGGUUACCAAUACAGAAGUUUUGUUUGCUUAAGCUGGCAAAAUGAUCACAGUUAUCCAGCAGAUCAGAGACUGAGAUUGCUUCCUCUCUUUUAAUGUUUUGUUUUUCAUAUCCUUUUUGUGCUCUACGUGUUUUUAUAUAAUGGAACUACUGCUUUGAAGAAAAUCUACUUUUGAGAACCCAUUUGCACAGAACUUCCAGAUUUCCAAUCUGUGCAUUUGUACUGGACCACACGAAUCACUUUUUGUUUUAUUUCAGCUGUUUACUUAUUUUAUUGUUAUUAUUAUUUCCAUCUGUCGAUUUUUGCCUCAUUUGAUAAAGUGUUUCUAUGUGGCACAAGCCUUUUAUUUUGCACUGAAUACAUCAGAAACAUUCAUCUCCUCUGCUCUUUGAGAGCAGACAUGUUGAAAAAGUGAAAGCUACAUCACACCUCAGACCAUGAAACUGAAGUGAGUCUUACGGUUGAGCACUGCCGAGUGGACGGUAAUGUCAGCGCCACUCUGCGGAUGUGAUCGAGUAGAAAUGCAUUUAAGAAAAAAAAAAAAACUCCACUUGAUUCAUUUUUUAUGUUUUACUGUAAGCUUCUUUUUAUUUUUUGUUGUUGAAAAGAAAAUAGUAUUUACUUGUGGCUUUUAAAAUAUAUAUAAAAAAUAUAUAUCUAAAAAAAAAUAUAUAAAGCAGGAAUGUAUAUGAAUUGUCAAAUUUUACUUGUAUUUUGGAAGAGAUAGUAAUGGUAUUAUAGAGGGCUAUUUGUAGGAAAGAAAAAUAUGCAUCAUAGCAGCUUUAUAGCACCAUGUUAGAAAAUUUCCUAUAUUUUUGGAUAUAUGUUAGGGCUUUAUAUAUGAAUGACAGGACUUUUUCAAUGUUUAUAUGCAAAAGCAUUUUAUAUUAUGUGUCCUGUGAUAGUCUGAGGGGUAAAGGCUAAAAGUCCCACAGCUUGAAUUUCCAUGGCUAUUAUGCUAGAAAAUACCUUGUAGUGUUGCUUUGUACCAUUAAGGCCAAGAUUUUUAUGUUGUUGUAAAUAGAACAAAAAAGGCAAUAAAAAUUUUUAUUGAAUAAAAAACGGCA